ACAAGCUCGAAGCUUCGCGACUGUCAGUACGUAUCAAUCGUCCGUACUGCGAUAAUGGAGAAACUGCCCCAUUAUCCUGAUACCCGCAACGAUCCUGAGCCAUAUAAUCAGAAUUACAAAGAUGAUCUUCGAGCCAGUUUGCAGAUGAAUGCCUGGAUCAUGGGGGUGAUCGGCACGUGGCCGCUGAAACAUUCCGGGAUCGUAACGCUGUGGUACAGAGUGCUGAACGUAAUCUGCUACAUGCUGCUGGCUUUCCUCCUAAUCCCCAGCAGCACUUUCAUCGUCCUGGAGAUCAAGGACUUCUACAACCAAUUAAAGCUCGGUAGCGCUCUGUCCUUCUUCUUGAUGGCCGUUAUGAAGUAUUGUGCCUUGCUUCUGCGCGAGGACGACAUACGCAGAUGCGUUGAUUACAUCGAGAAUGACUGGAGGAAUGUAAAAUAUACGGAGGAAAGGAGAAUCAUGCUGGAGAACGCAAACUUCGGCCGUCGGCUGGUGAUCGCCUGCGGUUUCUUCAUGUAUGGCGGCGUCUUGUUGUACUUCAUAGCGAUACCACUUAGUCGCGCGAAAAUUGUCGAAGAAGACGGCAACCUCACCUAUCGUAGGCUGCCGUUUCCAGUGCCCAGCGCGAUCCUCGAUUCCCGUCGUAGUCCCAUCAACGAGAUCAUUUAUGUCAUUCAGAUGUGUGGCGGCUUUGUCGCCCACAACAUCACGGUGGCGGCGUGCGGCUUGGCAGCCCUUCUCGUGAUGCAUGCUUGCGGACAGCUGCAGGUGCUCAUGUCCUGGCUAGAUCAUCUAGUUGACGGCCGAGAAGGCGUCAACGAUACCGCGGACGAGAGACUGGCGAUGAUAAUACAAUUACAUGUGCGCAUCUUGAACUUCAUUUCGUUAACCGAGGAAUUGUUGCACGAGAUAUCUCUGAUCGAAGUUGUGGGGUGUACUUUGAAUAUAUGUUUUCUCGGAUAUCAUUUGAUGGUGGAAUGGGAUUUUCAGCAACCUGUCAGCGGCUUAACAUAUUUGAUACUCCUCAUUUCAUUAACAUUCAACAUAUUCAUAUUUUGUUACAUAGGCGAACUUUUAACGGAACAGACUGUGAAAGUACGUGAGAGCUCGUACAUGAUCGAGUGGCACCGACUUCCGAAAAAGACGAGUCUUGCCGUUAUCUUAAUAUUAUGUAUGUCCAACGCGACCACCAGGCUCACUGCUGGAAAUAUAAUAGAACUAUCCAUCGGCAGCUUCGGUGACGUUAUCAAAUCAUCUGUCGCUUAUUUGAACAUGCUACGAACAUUUACUACUUGAGAAAGUACGAAUUAUAGUAGUAUUCAUCGAAUGACAUUAAAUCUUUCACGAAACAGCAGUAAACUUUAUACAAGUACGUUUAUUCAACAAAUCUUAAUAAAUGCGCCCCGAAUAAAAAAGUCUAAGUACAAUUGUUUCAUUUAUUACCUGGUACUAUUUGAAGAAUAUACAUAUGUCUUCUCAGAUAGUAUCUGGACAGUAUUACUGGACAUGCAUUUUUAUUACUUCAUACAUUGAACCACUGAUGCUCUCUUCAAUACAAAGAAACGAGUCAAAAUACUUCUCAGUGUAUCUUUAUAAAAAUAUCUUUCGUUCAAAUGGUACUAGAAAACAAUUUUACUCCAUUAUAAAGUAUUUUUAUCCAAUUUAGAAAACGUCGUAAGAUGAAACAAAGCUUUUCUCUUUCGCUUUCAUUUACAAAUAUAUUGUAAUAUCUUCAUUCCUAUACUCGUAUAAAUAUUAUGUAAUCUACAUGUAUAUAUACGAAUGCAAAAUUGUAUUCCUCAUGUAAUAUCGUAUAAUACUUUACGCAACAAAGAAACAUUCGCGACCCGUUCCGAUAAGCCGCGAAAAAUAACUCCGCGAAGAAUGUAAAUCUUUCCGUUCAUAAUUCAUGAACAGACAGGUGCAGUGCCACAUAAG